UUAACUUUUAACCUGCUUUUAGUUUCUCCUGGUAAUCAGAAACAGCACCUUGCCUCAUAAAUAGAUUAAAAACAACACUAAAAUCUGGUGCCUUGUUGUUUCCUGUUUGGACUUCUACAGUAACUGCUCGUCAUCUCACCAGUUUGUAAUUAGGUCAUUUCACUAUGAUGAGUAAAUACAAAAAGAUCUGUCUUGACUGGUUUGCCUUCUGUUUUCUGACCACAUGUGUCUUGUCUGUAGUUGUGUCUGCUCCAAGUCCCUGUUAAUGAGUAAACGUUUGGAAUUUGUACACUGUCCUGAGCUCUUGAAUGCUGAGUGGUGUUUUUCCUCUUGUGCAUCUCAAGCGGAGGAUAUCUGCUCCCCAAAAGGGCUCUGUAGUUUGCUCCAGCCUGGAAGUUCAGCCACAAACGGCAACGAGGACUCGCAACAACUAUGGAUAUUGGCAGCGAUGUCGAUCUGUCCAAUAAUAACAUCACGCCUUUGUGGAAACUGCGUACAGACCACCGUAAAAGCUCCCUGGACAUGAGCAGGUCUAAGCAGCGGCCCGUUAGUUAUCGCAUAAACGGGGUCAUGACUGCUGAUGUCCCUGUGGAGGACAGCCAGCCAGCUGAGAGACAGGCGGGAUCAGCUCAGUCUGCUCACAACAACACCGCGGUGAUGAAGCACGUUUUACAGAAGCCCUCAAGGAAAACCAGAGUGGUUCGGAGCAUAAGCAUAGGCCAUCUGUCCAGUGGGCGAUUCUCUCUGGCCAAAUUUAGAUCUGACAAUAACAAAUCUGCUUCACUGGACAACAAAGUGUGUAAUGGAGACAGUGGCAGAGGGAAUACCAGUAAUGGACAAGCUGUAUUGUCUGAAAUCACCUCCAGUCCCAAGAGUCUCAGCUUACAGAGAAAACAGAAUUCAUUUUCAUCCGAAGCUGAUCCUUUCAGCUGUUCUACAAAUGUCAACAACAACAACUAUGAAACAUUUUCACGAUCCUCUUCAUCGAGCUCCUCACCGUCAUCACACGGUACCCUCACACCCUCCAACAGCUCCACGUCCAGCAUCCCCUCACUCUUGUCUUUGACCUCCUCUGACCCUUCCACUCCUCGCUCCCCCUCACCAGCAGACCGAGGAUUUUCCCUGGUCAGGCAGUCUCGGACAUCUUCCUCCUCACAAGACGCCCUGAAUGUCUCAUCGUCCUCUUCCAUCUCCUCCACAUCGCCCUUACCAUCACUAUCCCCAGCUGUCUCGCCUUGUCCGUCGAUCAUCCUGAGCACCAACAGCGCCGCCGCUUGGAAAAUGGGCACCCAGCAGCUCAUCCCCAAAGGCUUGGUGUCUGAAACUCGGCUGAGUAAGGCGCAUCCUUCUGGAACACAGAGCCAGGGUAUGACCAGGCUGGGGUUAGACCUUCCCAAGCGAGGGCAAAAAACACUCAGCAUGGUGGAAACGGGAGGCUACUUUUCUACUGGAGGGGGCCACUCUGAAGAGGCAGACAGAGGGAGUGAAAGCCCCCUUUCAAGGAAAGGUUUGAGGAGUACCUCUUACAGGAGGGCAGUUGUGAAGGCAGAAGAAACGGAAAUACCCUCCGUAGAUCAAAUGACUCAUCGGUUGUCACAACCUGCCAUUAGCGGGCUUACUUUGGCUAUCCCAAGUUCUCCUGAUAGCCCAUCACAUCCUGUCACCUUGAGCCCUUCGAGUCCUGGAGCAGCCAUCCCUACGAGCCCCAGCACACCUAAAACUGCCAGCCCCAAGACUCCAAAGCCUCCGAGCCCUCAGGUGGAAAAAUCUAAAAGCAAAAGCAAGAAACUGACUCUAAAUAAGAAGAAACUCUUGAUAGCUCAGCGGACGUUUGACAGUGAAGAGGAAGAGCUUUACCAGAACUACCAAGAGAAGGCUUUGCAUAAUGAUUCCGAUGAGGACGCCUAUUCCAGGGAACCCAAACCUGAUAACGGCAUUGUCGUGCAGUAUAGACCAAUACGUACUUCUUGGAGCCAGCUCAGCGUGGUCAGGAAGAGUGGCCUGUCUGAUCAGCUGAGUCAAGAGGAUCGCAAAAGACAGGAGGCCAUCUUUGAGGUCAUCUCGUCAGAGCACUCUUACCUCCACAGUUUGGAGAUUCUGAUCCGCAUGUUUCAAAACUCAGCAGAGCUCAGCGAGGCCAUGACUAAAAUUGAACACCACCACCUGUUUUCCAACAUUUCAGAUGUCUGUGAAACCAGCAAAAAGUUCUUUACGGAACUGGAGGAAAGACACCAACAGAGCAUCGUCAUCGAUGACAUCAGUGACAUCGUUUGUAAGCACGCCGUGUCCAACUUCGAUCCUUACGUCACCUACUGCUCUAAUGAAGUCUAUCAGCAGAGAAGCCUACAGAAGCUGGUCAGUGCCAAGAAUCCGGCUUUUAAGGAGGUGUUAACCAAGAUCGAGGGCCACCCAGAUUGCAAGAGCCUCCCUAUGAUCUCCUUCCUCAUUCUGCCCAUGCAGAGGAUCACCCGCCUGCCUCUGCUCAUGGACACAAUCUGUCAGAAAACCCCUAAGGACUCGGCACGAUAUGAAGAGUGCAAGAGGGCAUUGCAGGCAGUCAGCAAGGUGGUACGAAAGUGUAACGAAGGCGCUCGCACGAUGGAGAGGACAGAGAUGAUGUACACCAUUAACUCCCAGCUGGAGUUCAAGAUCAAGCCCUUCCCCCUGGUCUCGUCCUCCAGGUGGAUGGUAAAGAGAGGAGAGCUGACCGCUUUUGGGGAGGACAGCGGCAUCUUCUUAAAGCGCACGUCCCGGCAUCAGGUCUAUUUCUUCCUCUUCAACGAUGUGCUGAUCGUCACCAAGAAGAAGAGCGAGGACAGCUACUCCGUGAUCGACUACGCCCUGAGGGAUCAGAUCCAAGUGGGCACCUGCCAGCCGGAGGAGCUCAACCUGUCUCCGGUCAAAAGCCCCACCAGCAUGUUGGGCUCACGGCAACCCGGCGCCAGCCACGUCUUCCGCCUGUGUUUCCGUAGCAACCACUCAGAUGUAAAGGUGCCCAUGAUUCUUGGAACGGAGCUGCUGAGCGAGCGUGCUCGAUGGAUCAGCGCUCUGGGACAAAAUGUCAACAAUAAAAAGACUCAUGACAGAACAAAUGUGAUCCAGGGGGAGGUGAUCAGAAGUUACACGGCGAAGCAGCCAGAUGAGAUGUCUCUGCAGGUGGCGGACGUGGUGCUGGUCUCGCAGCACGUGGACGGCUGGUAUGAAGGCGAGCGGCUGCGUGACGGCGAGUGGGGGUGGUUUCCAGGAGAGUGUGUGGAAAGAAUAACGUGCCAGGCCACUAUCGAACGCAACAUGCAGAGGAUGGACCGCCUGCAGGGGCUGGAGACGAACGUGUGACAGGACGACGCGCCGGAGAGGGGCUCGUUCUGGCUGACAGUGACCCUCUGACACCGUACAAACCUAUAACCCAUACAAACCCUGUCAAGAGUUUUGUUCUGUUUAGCAGAAAUGCAGACAAGCACUCAGAUGCUAAUGAUUACGGUAAUUGGUCCCCGUGUUGCUGGGGCGGUUCGACAGUGAGGAGACGUCACAUUGAUUAAUUCCCCAGCUGGAUGGAAAACUUCACACCUACAGCUAAAGCCGCUGCUUUUAACACCCUGUCUCAUCAAAAACCGUUGGUGCGAAAUUUAGUAAAUGUUCCAGCGUGUCUUUUUUCAAACGCUGCAUAACGAGUGAAACUCUCCUGUAGGAGGUAAAGUAGAUCAGUUAGUGUGAGUUAAGACAGCAGCCUGGUGUGCCCUCCGUUAACGAGGCUUGGGCCAUGGGAUGGAAAGCAUCACCAGAACCCACGUGACCACCAAGGUGUCGAUUCCACGAGUGAUAACAAUAAGGAGUGGUCGGCGGCCUCUUUAGUGUUCAAACUCUCGUGAGUGUUUUAAUGUCUGAGCUGGAUUCUGAGCAUUAUUAUGUAACACUGUUCAUGUCUGGUUGGGCAGUUAUUACAAAUGGCAGCCAUCAGGAAGGAUCUCCACCAGUUAAGUUCCAUUUGUAUCUCAAGGGCCAGUAUCCCCCAACUCCAGAGGGGUCACACACCCGUGUGACGUUAAAUAACUGAACAUGUUUGCUGAUUUUGAACCAGAACGGAUGGAUGGACCCCGCCUGGCCCUGGUUUUAAUGCGACCGUCCAGCGUGACUCAUCUUUUUAGUGUUGCCCGAAUAAUGGAAAUAGAUGGCUCAUCCGGAGGACGGUGAUGACGCCAUCUAUCAGGCUCCCAGCUCAGAUUACGGCCACACACAUUAACUCAAAACGAGGUUUGGCAGGAAAUCCAGGAUAGUAUCCAGACUCUCAGCUUAGCAUUUGCUCUCAGGGAAAAAAAAUGUCAGCUCUUCGAUGCACUUUUAUUUUUUUUAUUUCCUUCUCUUAACUAUUGUAAAUCAGCAAUGUAAAUAUGUAAAACACCUUCAACUGUAACAUUUUGGUAAAUAUAGAUUAUAUAAAGAGGUCUGUUUUAAUCCUGUUAAUAAAAUGUUAUCAUCCUG